AUGGCGGCAGAUGAUAAAGUUGCGAUCCUAACUGAUGAUGAAGAAGAACAGAAGAGAAAAUAUGUGCUUGCUGAUCCCUUUAAUGGUAUUUCCAGGGAACCAGAACCACCUUCCAAUGAAACACCCUCCUCCACAGAAACAUCUGCUAUUCCUGAGGAGGAAACAGACUGGAUAGAGAAACAUUGUGUUAAGAUAAACAACGACCUUCUAAUUUCCAAGGUCUUUUAUUUUUUCUUUUACUCUGCCUAUGGCUCCCUCUACCCACUUUUGCCCGUGUAUUAUAAACAGCUGGGAAUGUCACCAAGCCAGAGUGGACUUCUAGUGGGUAUUCGAUACUUCAUUGAGUUCUGCAGUGCCCCCUUCUGGGGUGUGGUUGCGGAUCGCUUUAAAAAAGGCAAAAUUGUCCUCCUCUUUUCUCUUUUAUGUUGGGUUUUAUUCAACCUGGGCAUUGGAUUUGUCAAACCCGCUACCUUGAGAUGUGUACCAAAGAUUCCCCCGACAGUGCGCCCCACCAAUGCAAGUCAUCACUUAACUGUUCUGCCAACAAAUUCCUCUGUUACCACUUUCCUUACUGUAUCACCAAAAAUGCGUGAGAAACGGGAACUGCCUCCUUCAGACGGGCCAUUAAUGUUAGAGACAGGACUCAAUGUCUCAGAUGCUGUUACUGUUUCAGCAGCCCCGGACAAGUUCAGUGAACCCACUCUGCAGCCUCGGACACAUGAAAUUACUGACCAUAUGAUGGACUUGACCUUGAACUCUACCACAGCUGCCCCUGCCCCCCCAGGAAAUAUAACCAGGGAGACAACCACUGCUAUUGUCACGACCACCAAAUCCUUACCUUCUGACCAAGUCACUCUUGUUUAUGACCAACAAGAAGUUGAAGCUAUAUUCUUGGUGAUCUUGGUAGUUGUCAUCAUAGGAGAAUUUUUCAGUGCCUCUUCUGUCACGAUUGUAGAUACGGUAACACUCCAGUAUCUAGGAAAACACAGAGACCGCUAUGGAUUGCAGCGCAUGUGGGGCUCCCUGGGCUGGGGCCUGGCGAUGCUGUCGGUGGGCAUAGGGAUUGACUACACCCACCUAGAUGUGCUCAUCGAUGGGAAGGGGUGUAAGCCCCCUGAGUACCGGAACUACCAGAUCGUCUUCAUUGUCUUCGGCGUUCUCAUGACCAUGGCCUUGAUUGUGGCAACUCAGUUCCGGUUCCGCUACAACCACUUCAAAAACAAUGAUAAUAAAGGGAAGGAGGUGGAGAUCCCUCAGGUGGAGAGAAACACCUCCACAGAGUCGUCUGAAGAGACCCCGACCACCGCCAGCCACUCGCAGGCCUUUAGCUUCUGGGACUUGAUCAAACUGCUCUGCAGCGUGCAGUACGGCUCCGUGCUGUUCGUGGCAUGGUUUAUGGGUUUCGGAUACGGUUUCGUCUUCACCUUCCUCUACUGGCAUUUGGAAGACCUGAAUGGAACUACAACCCUCUUUGGGGUCUGCUCGGUCCUGAGUCAUGUAUCUGAGCUGACGGCUUAUUUCUUUAGUCACAAGCUUAUUGAAUUGAUUGGCCAUAUCAGGGUUCUGUACAUUGGCCUGGCCUGCAAUACAGCUCGCUACAUUUAUAUUUCUUACCUGGAAAAUGCCUGGACUGUUCUCCCCAUGGAAGUUCUUCAAGGAGUGACACACGCAGCCAUCUGGGCCGCAUGCAUCUCUUACCUCAGUGCUGCUGUUCCCCCCGAGCUGAGGACGUCUGCACAGGGCAUCCUGCAGGGCCUUCACCUGGGUUUGGGGAGAGGCUGCGGAGCCAUGAUCGGAGGCGUGUUAGUCAAUUAUUUUGGGGCUGCUGCAACCUUCCGAGGAAUUGGCAUGGCCUGCCUGGUGAUCCUGCUGCUCUUUGCCCUGAUCCAGUGGCUGGCAGUGCCAGAUGAGGAAGAAGACAAGACAAUGUUGGCAGAAAGGAUUCCUGUUCCCUCUAGUCCGGUUCCCAUAGCAACCAUCGACUUGGUGCAGCAGCAGACAGAAGAUGUCAUGCCCCGCAUCGAGCCCAGACUUCCACCCAAGAAAACCAAGCACCAGGAAGAACAGGAAGAUGUGAACAAACCAGCCUGGGGGGUCAGCUCUUCUCCUUGGGUCAACUUUGUCUACGCUCUCUACCAAAUCAAAGAGAUGAUGCAACUAACAAGAGAAAACCGUGCUUCCGAGAUCCAGCCUUUGCAGGAGACCAGUGAGAAUCGGGAAGAUUCUCCAGCUGGUAGGGUCCAGCCUGUCCCAUGUGAGUCUCAAUCUGACACAUCUACAAACCAGCCAUCCCCUGACGCUGCAGCAUCUCAGACACAGACUGGCCCCGCUCAUCCCAUGGACCUGCGUGCCGAGGAAAAUGAGGAACGGCAGGCUCAGCCGGCUGAGGGAGGACACUGAGGGCAUCCUGCUCAUCUCACACCCUGCAUGGAACUGGGCUCCUCUGUCAGGACACAGGGCCAGGCCCCCAGCAAGGAUACACUUCCCAUGGGAGGAGCACAGCACCGCAUACGCUUCCCAAUACCUAAGCUCAUUAACACAGAAACACACACAUAGGAGCUACAGUACAUAUUGGCAGGAAAAGGUAAACGUCCAUAAUCCCAUUGGAACUACAGCAGGGAAAUGGAGUUCAGUGAGGACUUUUGGUUGGGUAGGUUAAGGACAACAGGACUUCUCUGCCAGUGCAGUGAGAGUUGAAACCAGCAGUUACACUAAGUAAGUAGAGGGUCUGAAGGUGUUUCAAGGUGAAUGUUGUUCUAAUUUCCCUCUUCUGAUUAUUUAUUCUGAUUAUUUGGUUCUUAAUGCAAACUAGGAAGAAAUAAUACAUCUAUAAUUUUGUUUUUCUUGAGAACCAUUUAAAAAAUUACAAGACAUAUUUAAGAAGCAACAACAUAAAAAUUAGUAGCAUAUGCUUUUUAUUUAAAAGUAAAAUGUUUCAUCAGAAACUUUGCAUAUCUCUAGCAAAUAUAUUUUUAUAUGUGUAUGGUAUAUACUGAAGAGAGUCAAUUCUUUGAGCAACAAAAGCUGUUGUUGACUACUGCAAGCUAAACUGAGCUUUAAAAUGCCUUUUGUUUUAAAUGGGCUUUGAGAAAUACCAGAAAUGAGGGAAUAUAUCAAAUAAACUGACCAACUCAGUAUCCUAUGGCUUGAUAGAAAAGAGUUUACUAAAUGUAUCGAUACUGUAAAUAGCCUCGACUGCUGUUUACUAUUUUAUAGUGAUCUGGGCUCUCAUCAGCUGAUGGAAUAAAACAAAAACAUCACUGAAUUCCUAAGAGUUCCUUUAAUUAAGCAGUACUAUUUACAAAUAACAGUAUAAGAUUUAAGUGCCUGGGGGAGGGGUAUAAUUUUUAACACUUACACAUGGGUUAGUUUUGUUUUCAUUUUGGUAAGGAAAAGGUGGUAAAUAGGAAACCAGGAAUGGAAAGGAGGGCAAUAAGGAGAAACUACUUUCCAUCAACUAAAGAAAGAAAUCUCAGUAUAUUCUUUCCCAUGAAGACAUAGUCAGACACAGUCGGACACUGGACAGUUCAGAUGUGGGUAUGCACCUGUAAAUAUCACCACUGUAGUCAGAACAAUGGCCGGGUGCACCCCACAUAAAGCUUGCUGCUGAACACAAAAGUGGAGGUUCCUAAGAAGCUGGGGGUCUGGGGGGUGGCUGUGGAAAAGGGAACAUGGCUUUAGCUGAAUGAAGGUGAGUUCCAUGUGUGUAUUGUGAAUAAUAGCGGAAAGAGUAGAGUUAGAAAGAGCGACUCACCUUCCCCUCGCCCUGAUCAGGCAGGAUCAGUUGUAAACUGAGGGCUUCUCCAUGAGCCCACGUUCCACCCGAUACUGCAUCUGGGAGAAGAAAUUCUGUGCUUGGGUAUCUAGCUUCACCACAAACAUAGCUUAAAAAUAAAUAACUGAAAGAAAUGGAAUUAAGCAAAUAGUUAUUUUUUGCACUUGAACUGAAAAGUACUGUACUGUAAGUUAUCAUGACUCAUUUCAAGUGACCUUUAAAAUCAGAUGUAUUUAUUAUGCUUGUGUAAUUAUAGAAAUAAAGAAAUGGGUGACAGGCUGAACCUCACCUAUGAAUGUACAGUAUGUGGAUUUGUGAAAAUGACUGUAGGAAGUCAAAAACUUAUACUGUGUCUUGUGUUUACAGUUCUGAUUUAUUCCUUUGAAAAGCCUGCUGUUUUGGAAGUGCACAGUUGACAUGUUGAAAUAAAAAUAAAUACCAUUUUUAAA